AUGCCACGCUUGCUCCCUCGUGUGCUUCACCAUGCACGCAAGAUAGAUCCGUUGUUGCCGCUUGUGUUGCAAGCAACCCGCGACCUAGCCUCUGCGAAAAACGAACUAAGAUGGUUGAAAGAAUUCGUCAUUGAACAACAAUCUCGACAUCCCAAACAUGACGAUCGGAAAGUUUUGGAUCAGAGGCUUCGCCAAGUCUGCAUCGAUAGAGCUAGAGGGAAACCGCUCCAAUAUAUCAUGGGCAGCGAAUACUUUGGCGACCUGGAAAUCUCGUGCGAAAAGGGUGUUUUGAUACCAAGGCAAGAAACAGCAACAUCGGUAACGCACUUGAUAAUCCUCCUACAUCAUAGCAGCAACAACAAGACCAAAACACCUUUGCCAAAUAAUCUAAAGCUGUUGGAUUUAUGUACGGGGACGGGCUGUAUACCUCUGCUCUCUCAUUACCUCUUCACAAGCAUCCACAAGAGGAAAGCAGAGAAUUUGGAAGUAGUGGGCGUGGACAUCUCACCCCUCGCCCUCAAACUCGCAAAGAAGAAUUUGCAAAAUCUUAUCGCCGAGGGUACGAUCCAGAAGAAACCGAAUCUACGGUUUUUGCAAGCGGAUGUACUCUCCUCGACAGAUGGUCACGGAGAUGCAGCGAUACCGUCGCUGAAGUCUGCCUUGGAGCAUUACAAUUUUACUUCUGACCUAGCAGGGAGUGGGAAAAGCAGUUGGGAUAUCAUCAUCUCAAACCCACCCUACAUCUCUCCUCAGGCCUUCGCUCGCACAACAACGAGGAGUGUAAAGAGAUAUGAACCACGAUUGGCUUUGGUGCCUCCUUACACAGCAUCAGACAAAGAUACAAAUCAAGGCGACCUCUUCUACCCCCACCUCCUUUCCAUCGCUGCCUCUCACUCCGCAAAGAUCGUCCUCUUCGAAGUCGCAGAUCUACAACAAGCGAUUCGCGUUUCUGCAAUGGCAAUACACCAAAACAUCUGGGAUGGCAUACAAAUAUGGAGAGAUGAUCCCAUGGCAGCAGAGACGGUGGGAGACACGGCUCUAGAUGGAAAAGUCAAAGUUGUGGGACAAGGGCACGGGAGGUCAGUGGUUGUGUAUAGGGGUGUUGGUAAGCAGUGGUUGGGCGUGGAGGAUUGA